AUGAAUUACCCCCAAUGUCUUGAAGCUGGAUGGGGUGGUGGCGAAGAUGGCUGUGGUGAAGAUGGUCCCGGUAUUAGUGGUGAAGAUGGUCCCUCUAUUAGUGGUGAAGGUGGUCGUGGUGAAGGUAGUCGUGGUGAAGGUGGUCGUGGUGUAUCUGGUCGUCCUAGUGGUGAAUCUGGUAGUGCUAGUGGUGAAGAUGGUUCCAGUAUUAGUAGUGGUGAAGAUUGUCCUGGUAUUAGUGGUGAAGAUGGUUCCAGUAUUAGUGGUGAAGAUGCUCCCGAUAUUAGUGGUGAAGAUGGUUCCGGUAUUAGUGGAAAAGCUGGUUGUGGUUGA